GAGGGCGAGGGGCGGAUCAGCAAGGGUCACCUAUCAAUGUUCUCCUGAGAUGCUGAGUUACUCCAUCUAAGGUCAGCCAGCGGCAAAUGGGAACAAAGUGCAAGGUGCCGUGUGAUGGGCCCCUGCAACAAUCUGCCCGCUGGAUUCAAGCUGAGAAGAAGCUGCCGCUCCUUCAAUAACAAUGUUGCCUGACCCGAUGAGUUCUGCCUGCACUUUGUGUUUUGCUCAAGAUUCCAACCUCUGAAGUUCCAUUUGACCCCACAGCAGUGUUGCUGACUCUUAAUCCUCAUAAACCAUCCAACUGACAGUUAUAUUUGAUGGCAAUUAGAGAUGGUCUUGCUUGACCGAGCAAUGAAAUUGCUUGCCUACAUGAGCCUGUGAAUGAAAAAUUGAAAGUUUAUUUUCAAUUACAAUUGCCGUUGUGAAUUUUCUAAACCAUCUUUGUCAAUGUAUUCUCAGGUUAUUUAUUGACUGAUCGAACAUUGUUUUUGGAGUGGACACCAUGAUAAAGAGGGGGCCAAUUGGCAUGAUGUGCUCUCGUGUUUAUUGCUUCCAAGUCGCAAGAACUAGUAGUCUCCGAGUGCACCUUUACUGUUCCCAUGCUUCUCAGAAAACUGUCAGCAAGACUCUGAAUGCAAGCAAAGAUGCUGUACAUCUGAGAUGGGUCGAGCUGGGAAAGAAUUUAAGCAAAAAGACUGUCGAUCACAUUCGAGCCACAGCAAACACCCUGUGGGAAAACUAUGAAGAGUUUGUUGGAUUGAAAGAAGUUCAAGAGGCACAGCUGAAUGUCAAUGAGGCCGAGAAAGCGUUCAUGGUUGCUCGUAGUGUUGUUCGACAAAGCCAGGAAACCGUUGAAGCCCAGCAUUUGAAACUGAAGGAGGUUCGGGAUAAAUUGGACAGAGUCUCUCGGGAGGACAGUCACUAUCUAGAGUUGGCUACUCAGGAACAUAAACUGCUUCAAGAUGAGAGACGCCAUCGAACAGCAUACGAAGCUGCCGAGGAGCUUGAGCGUGAGACCUUUGCUCUCUUCUCAGCGGCUGUGAGGGAAAGCCACGAGAAAGAGCGGACCAGAGCAGAGAGAACAAAAAACUGGUCUCUGGUGGGGUCCGUGUUGGGAGCUGUGAUCGGAGUUCUGGGAUCGACUUACAUCAACAGAGUUCGGCUGCAAGAGCUGAAGGCGUUGCUUCUUGAGGCUCAGAAAGGGCCUAUUAACUUGCAGGAAGCCCUUAAAGAGCAGGCCUCCAUGCACCAAAUCCAAAAUAAGGAGCUCAAUGUACUUGUAACCAAAAUGAAGGAACUGGUGCUCCAGGAACGUGCAGUGCAGCAAGCAGGGAAGGCAGCCACCACUAAAAUGGGAACAUCUGAAUUUACUUUGAAACUGGAUCCUUUCUUGAUUACUGUGAAAGAACAAGCAACUUCACUGAAACAGACCAAUGCAACAUUAGUAGGGCUGGAACAGAAAUUAAAAAGUCUACAGACAUCUCUUGGGCAAGUGGCUUCUGACAUCAAGACAGUGAAAUUAGUCACACAGGCCAAGCCUUCGCAAGCGGCGUCUUCGGGGAUGAUGCAAGAUUGGCAGACUCUAGCAACGGAGGAUGUGAUUGUUGGGUUAGCAGAGACAGAGAAGAGACUGGAAUCCCAUAUCAGAACAAACACUCUGUACAACACAGUGCUGACAUCUGCUGCAGUUGCCAUCACGCUGCCAGUAUUGUAUGUGCUCUUCAGAGGGAAUUAAAAAUAUGCUGCACCAUAAAUGCUUCAUGUUUUGUAAUGUUUACCAAGAUUGGAUGCCAGUUUUGAGCAAUUGGUGCCAUUAAUCCUGGCAGCUGAAGUGCACUUUUCCGUUUCAAAUGUGAAGGAGUUUGUGCUGAACUGAUAUUGUAAUACUUAUCUUGCUUACAAAUUUAAAACUUGUAUUUACAUAGCGUCUCAUAUUCUCAGGACAUCCCUAAGCAAUUUAACACGUCAGUUACUCCAGAAGUAUAAUGCUGUUUUAAUGUAGAGCAUUCGGUAUUAAUAGUCUGAGUGUUGAUUGUAAAGCAUGUUACUAUCAGUGAAUAAAAGGACAAUUGAAUGCAUUGCGUGCAGUUCCAAA